CUUUGCUUUUGCUGAGCUCAAAUUUCCAAGUGGGGAAAUUUCGGGGCACUCGGUUUCUUAAUUCUCAAGUUACCGUGUUUUUGCUUUUCAUUCAAUUAUUUUUAUGUUGAGUUUUCACGCCGUAAACUUUUAACACAUUUUGAGGCGGUCGCAAUAUACAAGGGCUGGAAAGUUAAGUUGGAAUAACAAUCCCUUUCCUCUCGGAGCUUAACAAUAUUGGCUUGUUUGGAAUUGGUCAGUUUGCAUUGUGUAUGACCUGAGUUGAGUCCCUGUGCUGCAGCGAUGGCGAGUUUAGCUGCUGCCCUUGUAUUGAGCUGCUGGCUGCAGUCAGUCAGUGGUGGACUGACCGAUGCUGAAGUCUCCCCGCAGCCCCAGCCCCAGUGCUCCCAGCGCUGCGAUGUGUCCAAGUGUCCCAGCCCCAGCUGUCUGAAUGGCUAUGUGCACGACGCCUGUCACUGCUGCCUGGUGUGCGCGGCCGGGGAGGGACAGAGCUGCGGGCUCCCGGGAGAUGUCGGCUGCGGGGACGGCAUGCAAUGCAAGUCUGUCCUCGGCAAGCGCCUGGCCAGGGGACCGGGCAUCUGCCGCUGCAAAUCCAGCAACAAAGUGUGCGGCAGCGACGCCACCACUCAUGACAACGUGUGCAAGCUCAAGUUGGUCAGCAGGAGAGCCCUGCAGCUCAGGCUGCCGCCCGUCGUUCAAGUUCACAAGGGCGCCUGUAAACCAGGUCAUUCACAUCCAAACAGCCCGCGAUAUAAAUUUAAUUUUAUAGCUGAUGUGGUGGAGAAAAUUGCUCCUGCAGUUGUUCACAUAGAGCUAUUUUUGAGGCAUCCUCUAUUGAGAAGAAAUGUCCCAUUGUCUAGUGGCUCUGGCUUUAUAAUAUCAGAUAGCGGGCUAAUUGUGACGAAUGCUCAUGUUGUAGUGUCCAGCAACACUAUAAUGUCAGGUCAGCAACAGUUAAAGGUGCAAGUUCAUGAUGGGAAAAACUAUGAAGCAACAAUAAAAGAUAUUGACAAGAAAUCAGACAUAGCAACAAUAAAGAUUAAUCCUAAGAAAAAGCUACCAGUACUAUCACUAGGUCAGUCUGUCGACCUCAGGCCAGGAGAAUUUGUAGUUGCUAUUGGGAGCCCUUUUGCGUUGCAAAAUACUGUAACAACUGGAAUUGUCAGCUCUGCUCAACGGGAUGGACGAGAGCUGGGUCUCAGAGAUUCAGAUAUGGACUACAUUCAGACAGAUGCCAUCAUCAAUUAUGGAAACUCUGGAGGACCUUUGGUGAACUUGGACGGGGAGGUUAUAGGAAUAAAUACACUGAAAGUCACCGCAGGCAUUUCCUUUGCAAUUCCAUCAGAUCGCAUUGCAAUAUUUCUUACUGACUCUCGCGAUAAACACACCAAAGAUGUUACAGGUAUGAAAAAGCGUUUCAUUGGAGUGAGGAUGCUGACCAUAACUCCUGCCCUAAUCGAAGAACUGAAACAACAAAACCCUGAUUUUCCUGAUAUAAAUGCUGGCAUUUAUGUACACGAAGUGAUUCCGGAUUCACCAGCGUUCAGGGGCGGAAUCCAGGAUGGAGAUGUUAUUGUCAAAGUAAAUGGAGUUCCCUUAAAGACAACCAAUGAUUUGCAAGAAGCUGUGAAGAAGGAGUUCCCUCUGCUGCUUGAAGUCCGCCGGGGAAACGAUGACAUACUUUUUAACAUUGAACCUGAUUUAGUUAACAACUGAAAUGUAGCCAUCAUAAUUAACCCUUUCCAGCCUGGGAUAUUCCCCAUUGCUGUUUUCCCCUUUUAAGGACCAAUCAAGCUGCUGGAACAGAUGGCACAGUGGAGUAAGGUAGUUGUUUGUAAUGUUGCUGGUCACCUUUUAGGUGAUACCCCCCCCUUCCCACAUUACAUCCCACUUGUGAGCCCCUGUUAAAAGCCUUUUUUCUUCCCUUUGCCCCACUGCCCAUCCCAUGUUGAAAUCUUUAGCACUUACAACUGAUAAAUGCUAUUGAUCUCUGCCUUUGGAGGAUGUAAUUUUAUUUCACACUUAUUUGAAUUGAGACAUGGGAACUUUUUAAUCCCAGAGGUUAAAAGGGCUGAUUUGGAUUGGGUGGGAGGUUGAGGAAUUAAAGUAUAAUUUCAUGUCAUCCUGUCCCCUUCUAGUUUUGACAGAGGUGAGAUGAGGGAGGGCCCAACUCUCAGGAGGAAGGUUUACAAUUUAACCAUAAUGAAGCUGGCAGCUUCAUACCAAUCCACAAUUCUCUGACAGGCUGGAAUUUCCAGUGUUGAGAAAUCCAGCAACUCAAGAAAGGGGUUCCAGGAGGUCAGUAUCUUGCUGCUUAGCUACUAGAUCCUGCAUUCCUGCCUUAUCAACUCACUGUAAUCUAACAUUUUGCUCCUCUGACCCUUCUGAUGUCUCCCCCAGACCACCUCCAAAAAAGCUUUUGACUCAGCCUACCCCAUUCCCUGAGAUUUGAAAUCUGACAACUCUGAUCCCACUCCAGCCUGCACUUUCAUAGAUUUCUGAUCCCUUCAGCCAGCCUGUACCACUUCUCAUAGAAUCCCUACAGUGUGGAAACAAGCCCCUUUGGCCAAGCAAAUCCCCACCAACGCUCUGAAGAAUAUCCCAUCCAGACCCAUUCCCCUAUUACUCUAUAUUUACCCCUGACUAAUGCACCUAACCUAUACAUCCCUGGACACUAUGGGCAAUUUAGCCCAUAGUGUCCAGGGAUGUAUACCUACGCAGACAUGGGGAGAAUGUACAAACUCCAUACAUUUAGCCGUCCAAAGCUGGAAUUGAACUUGAGUCCCUGGUGCUGUGAGGCAGCAGUGCUAACCACUGACCCACCAUGAUACCCAUUUCUCCCAGACUGUCCUGUCUCUAUUCUAUCCUAUAGCCUGGUGCUUAAGGUCCUACCGGCUCUUAAAAUCUGGAAAUAUUCAGGAGCUGUGUGUGUGGAGUUAAACCCAGCUAAUGUUUCAGAUUGAGAGCUUUCGUGAGAGGUUAAAGGCUGUUGAUAUGAGACAAUAACUCUGGUUCUCGCUUCAGAUGCAGCUGAUUUGCUAAGUAUUUCCAGCAUUUUUACUACUUUGAAAAAUUUCUAGUUCCUAGCAUCCUUAGAGCCUCUUAACCCAUCAAGCUGCAGUCAGGAAAUGUCAAGGAAAAAAGUUAAUAAGAUCCUUUGGUCAAAUUUGGCAGUGCCUGAGGGAAAGCUCUUCUUUCCAAGUUUUCCAGUCUCAAUUCCCCUACUCACUCCUCACUUUUUGGAGGAACAAUGAACACUUUUUAGGUUAAAUGUUCAGGACAAGUUUUUUUUGUUAUUUAGUGCAGUAGUCCUGCUUUUGCAUAUCAGAUUUUUUUUCUGUAGAACUGCAUCAGGCUUGUUCAAUAUUUAUUGCUGAAAUUGGGAUGGAGGGAACUUGAAACAAGAGCAGUCAUCAGCCCUCUUUCAGGUCACCCUGUCUCUAUUUUGUGCCCUCUUAUAAUCUGCUCCUUUAAGCAGUAUAUCCACAGAAUUGAACUGAGGUCUUUCAAUGCCAACACAAUUCAAGCCCAAUAACACCAUCAGGAUCUGUUCAACAGGUUUAGUUGAAGACAUAGAGGAGUGUAGUGAGGGUGACCCCACCGCCCCCAGCAAUCUUGCCAGGAGAUGGAUUGUAGAUCAGAGGAUGCCCCAGUUUGAAAAUAUUACUUUACAUUUUCUUGUGGACCAAGAGAAGGCUUCUCUAACCUUCACAAUGAAGCCUUAUUUUCCUUUGUCUCCGAAUUUUCCAUCUUCACUCCAAUCGUGAAGGACCCUACUCAUAAUUUUCCCGAGCCGAUUCCCCCCUCCAGUCACCCUAAUCGAGACCAACAUUCCCUGUAAUUUUCUUUUCUCCCACUGCGCAGACCUCUGUGGUCUGUGACUGGCGGUGGCUUCUGCAAGUGGUUGGUGCUGAGUGGCCUGUGUGGAACCUCUCAGCAACAGUCUCGCAGCUUUGAGAGAAUGUGGCUCCCAAUUGACCUAUAAACAAAGCACCCAAACCAAUUGUCUAAUCCACCAACAGCCAGGACCAUUUUCCAUGCUAAUCUGUUGCCUACUGGAUUCCUGCUGCCAAAAUGCCACCCUUGCCCACUGGUCAGAUUAUGGAACUGACUCCGUUUAGUUUGGGCUCUGGGACAUUUUAUGGAAGUAAAAAGCCCUGACAAUUUGGGUAUGCUAUCCACUUUAGGACUCCCACAUACUCUACCUGCUAUCGCUUUGAAAUUUUACUCUAUAUCAACAAUUCCUCAGGAAGAAUAAUUAGAAGUUGAAUUUUUUUUUGUGUGCAGUUAUGCUGCCAAAAAAUCUGGGCAAUUUUGGAAUAAUAGUCAUGCACUAAACUCAUGCAGGCUGCAAAGGGUUAAAACUGUACUUCCUCAGGCAAAUCGUACAUUUGAAAAAUACAUUUUAUUAAAUGUUCCUUAUGAAUAUGCAGCAUUUUAUACCAAUUGUGCCAACAGAGUUAUUAACAAUUUUAUGCACAAAAUGCCAUUUAAAAGAGUGAAGAAUUGGUAAUCGUUCAUGAAUGAAUGUGUCUGUUUUUGAAUAAUAAUAGAAAUACAAUGAAUAGUGCAGGUAUAUUUUCUGAAGUGACAUGUUGUAAACAGAUAACAUGACAGGUUUACUUUGCCCUGGAGUAAUUUACUUUGGGCCAUUAAA